CGGCCGCGCCCAGCACCGCCCCUGCGGGUCGGAAGUGAGCCCAGCUCCGGCGGCCCCCGCCCCGCCGCCGAGGCUGCCGUCGUCGCUAUGGAGUAGCUGCGGCAGGACGGGGCCGGAGAGAGAGACGGAGCCGGUGUGACAGGCGGCCCGCCGGACCCUCAGGGCGACGGGCAGCCGGGCCCUGCACCGGCAGCUACCCGGGCUCAGGAUAAGACAUUGGUGCACGGUUGAAACCAUGGAGUCCAUGCUGAAUAAGCUGAAGAGCACCGUUACAAAGGUGACGGCUGAUGUCACCAGUGCGGUCAUGGGAAAUCCCGUUACCAGGGAAUUCGAUGUUGGACGUCAUAUUGCCAGUGGAGGUAAUGGUCUUGCUUGGAAGAUAUUUAAUGGAACUAAAAAAUCUACAAAACAGGAAGUGGCUGUUUUUGUCUUUGAUAAGAAGCUGAUAGACAAGUACCAAAAAUUUGAAAAAGAUCAGAUUAUUGAUUCUUUAAAACGAGGUGUUCAACAGCUGACUAGGCUUCGGCACCCUCGACUGCUUACUGUUCAACAUCCAUUAGAAGAAUCCAGGGAUUGCUUGGCAUUUUGUACAGAACCAGUCUGUGCAAGUUUAGCUAAUGUUCUUGGCAGCUGGGACAACCUACCUUCUCCUUUGCCAGCAGACAUUAAAGAAUACAAACUUUAUGAUGUGGAGACAAAAUAUGGUUUGCUUCAGGUUUCUGAAGGUUUGUCAUUUUUGCAUAGCAGUGUCAAAAUGGUCCAUGGAAAUGUUACUCCUGAAAAUAUAAUUUUGAAUAAGAGUGGAGCAUGGAAAAUUAUGGGCUUUGAUUUUUGUAUCCAAUCCACCAAUCCAUCUGAACAGGAGCCAAAGUUCCCUUGUAAGGAAUGGGACCCAAACUUGCCAUCUCUGUGUCUUCCAAAUCCUGAGUAUCUCGCACCAGAAUAUAUUCUCUCUGUGAGCUGUGAGACAGCCAGUGAUAUGUACUCUCUGGGAGCUGUUAUGUAUGCGGUGUUUAAUAAAGGGAAACCAAUUUUUGAGGUCAACAAGCAAGAUAUUUAUAAAAGCUUUAGUAGACAGCUGGACCAGCUGAGCCGUCUAAGCUCCAGUACUCUUCAGAAUAUACCCGAGGAGGUGCGUGAGCAUGUAAAGCUACUCCUGAAUGUAGCUCCAGCAGUGAGACCAGACGCAGAUCAAAUGACUAAGAUACCAUUCUUUGAUGAUGUAGGAGCAAUGACACUUCAAUAUUUUGAUUCAUUAUUUCAAAGGGAUAAUCUGCAGAAAUCACAGUUCUUUAAAGGACUGCCAAAAGUUCUGCCAAAGCUACCUAAGCGUGUUAUAAUUCAGCGAAUAUUGCCUUGCUUGACUUCUGAAUUUGUGAAUCCUGAUAUGGUACCCUUUGUCUUGCCUAACGUUCUCUUGAUUGCUGAGGAAUGCACCAAAGAAGAAUAUAUCAAGCUCAUUCUGCCUGAUCUUGGUCCUGUUUUCAAGCAGCAGGAACCAAUCCAGAUAUUAUUAAUCUUCCUGCAAAAAAUGGACUUGCUUCUAACCAAAACUCCACCAGAUGAAAUAAAGAACAGUGUUCUACCAAUGGUUUAUAGAGCCUUGGAAGCACCUUCAAUUCAGAUCCAGGAGCUUUGCCUAAACAUAAUUCCCACAUUUGCCAAUUUAAUAGAUUACCCAUCAAUGAAAAAUUCAUUAAUUCCAAGAAUUAAAAAUGCGUGCUUGCAAACUUCUUCUCUUGCCGUCCGGGUAAACUCACUCGUGUGCUUGGGCAAGAUUUUGGAGUACUUGGAUAAAUGGUUUGUGCUUGAUGAUAUUUUACCUUUUUUACAACAAAUUCCAUCAAAGGAACCUGCAGUGCUCAUGGGAAUUUUAGGUAUUUACAAAUGUACAUUUACUCACAAGAAGUUGGGAAUUACCAAAGAGCAGCUUGCAGGAAAAGUAUUGCCCCAUCUGAUUCCUCUUAGUAUUGAGAACAAUCUUAAUCUCAAUCAGUUUAAUUCUUUUAUUUGUGUUAUAAAAGAUAUGCUCAAUAGAUUGGAAGCAGAGCAUAAAACAAAACUUGAGCAACUUCAUGUGAUGCAAGAGCAACAGAAAUCUUUGGACAUAGCCAACCAAAUGAGUGGCUCUGAAGAGGCAAGAUCUGCUGGUACAAGCAAUCAGAUUGACAAGGUAUUUAAUAAUGGAACUGAUCUUCUAACUAGUGGAUCUGAUAGUAAAGAGAAUGAGAUGUCAUCAAUACAGAGAAAGGCCUCCCUUACUCUGGAAGAGAAGCAAAAGUUAGCUAAAGAACAAGAACAGGCACAGAAACUGAAAAGCCAGCAACCUCUUAAGCCUCAAGCAACUACAGUGACGCCUCCGGUGAAGCAGACAAAAGACUUGACAGAUACCUUGAUAGAUAAUAUGUCAUCUUUGACAAGCCGUCCUGUCAACCAAGCUCAAGUUGCAUCUUCAAACAGCUUCUCUUCUGUUCCUUCUAUGUGUGUUGGAAUGGGAUUUUCAUCACCCAUUGACAACACCAAGAGAAAUAUGACAAAUGGACUAAAUACAAAUAUGGGUUUUCAGACUGCUGGAUUCAGUAUGGGAGCAAGUCUCACCACUCAGAAUUUCUUCAGUGGUCCAAGUGCAACAGGAGCUUCCAAGAUGAACAUUGUACCACCUGCCAAUAUGCCAAAUUACAGUCCUAUGAAUGCUGCAUCUGCAAUCUCUCCACUGACACAGCAAAACAAACCCCCAGAUAUGUCUGCUUUAGAUAAUCUUUUUGGUCCUCAAAAACCUAAAGUUAGCAUGAAACAGUUGGCUCAACAGAAAUCAAACCAGUGGGUUAAYCAGUUUGUACCACCACCAGGGUCCCCAAAUGCGAGCAAUACAGUGUUGGGACCUCAGAUGAACGUGAUGGGACAGCCGGGCUUUGGGAUACAGGGUAAUCCUUUCUUUUCUCCUCAGAACUUUGCACAACCAGCAAACACAAUGACAAACAGCAGCUCAGCUAGUAAUGACUUAAAAGAUCUUUUUGGGUAAAAUGUUUUGUUUUCUUCUUUCAAAGAUUGAUGAAAUUUGGAUCAUGGGUAAGCUGAUUAAUAUCUUGUUUUGGUUAGUAAAAGCAUGACUUGGGGAAGCUUUCAACCCAGCAAAGGAAAGACUUUUGCACAGGAAAAAGGCUGAUGUUGCAUUCACCUGAUACUGCAGUGGAAUUGUGUAAGUGCAAAGUCAUCUUACAUGCUAAAGAUUUCCUGUCUCUUUACCAGCAUGAGAGUGCUGAAGGUAGGAUGCAUAUGUUCRACUGAAAAAGAAGUGUAUCAGAAUUAUUCAGAGGUGUACUCAGUCAACUCCUAUGAAAUUUUCUACAAAAUUUUGGUUUUUAAGUUCAGCAAAAAUGCUUAGGGGAUAAUGACGCUAGUGGAUGCAAACCUGGAGAAUUAUUCCUGUUGCCUGAAUUUAUUACAAGCUGUUAUUUUGCAAAAAGGAAAUUCAUAUGCUGGCCCAAAAUUUUCGAUAGCCAAAUUAUACAGAGAUAAUUCUAAACAAUAACUGUGGACGAGACUAUGGAGGGAGCACAUUUUAACUUCAGUUAUAUAAGAUAAUGUAAUGAAUGUGGUAGUAAACUGUAACAAGAUUCAUUGAGCAUAAGAAGUUCUAAAAUUCUGUGCAAGUUUGGGAGAGAGUAAGAAUGCUGCUUCAAAGGUYGUGUUGGUUUACAAUCUCUUCUAUAAUGCCAGAUCCUUCUUACAAGCCCCAUAGCAAAAGCAACAUACCACUUAAGCGGGACUUAAAAAUACUUAAAAUGUGGUGAUUUCAUCACAUUUGCUAUAUAUUUCAUUGUUUUGGCUAAUGUGAUACUACUUCUAACCGAUGUGUAAAAAGAAUAAUCGUAGUUACAAAACCUCUCAGAAUGAAUGUACAUGUAAAAUUCACAUGUUGACUGCCCUAACUGUGUAACAAAACACACAUUAUACAGUUACACGAAAAUAUCUUAAUUAAUAAUUUUUGGCUCAAUUGCGAAGAUGAAAAAGGAUCGCCUUAUACAAGUUGCACAGGGUUGUGUGAAAAAGCAGACUGCCAUAAAUUGCCUUGACUAGAGUGAACUAUUUCAUUUUAAUUUUGCUUUAAAUCAAAUCCUCAUGAAGGAUAGAUCGACAUGAAGUGAUUUCUCAAAUAUGGAUUUGUAAGCUCUAGAGUAUAUGAUGAAUACACAGUUAUUCUAGAUUAUUUUUAUUGUAUUACUCUAAAUUCAAUAAAAAUCUCCAGAAAGCCAAAUAGUAGUUUCUUCUACUUCCCAGAAGGUAUAUGCUCAGCCUGCCCAUGAUGGAAUCUCUGCUCUGUCAGAUACUACUGUUAGGUUUUAACUUUUUUCCCCUAAGAACUUCAAGAGCUUUCUUACCUAAUAUUUUGAAGACUAUAAAUGGUUAUUUUGAGAAGGAAAGAACUAGUUAYUUUUUUUUAUGGAAAGCCUACCUGCUUUCUUUUUCAAAGCCUUUCACUGAAGAAACUCUUCUUUCAUUUGCUGCUUAAGAAACCAAAGGGCCUUAUGCUGUAAAUAUGACUUGUAUUUUGUUAUAUUCCACAGUUCUAAGUGGUAAUAGCAUUAAGCAUAUUUCUUAAAGAAUCUUUUAUGUAUUAUAGCUGCUGUGUUAAUCCUAUUACUUUGAAAUACMUGGGACCAAUGAAUUUGUGGUCUAAAAAACAAUACCUAACACAUUGUGAUGUUUAUGUGCUGUCAAUAUCCAUGGUAAGCAUUGUAGGUCAUGUUAAAAUAUCCAUGUAAAUUUAAGUACAAUAUUAGAACUGUUGAACUAUUCAAGUUAAUUUACAGUUUCUGGCACUCUGUGCUCUCAAUCACACUAAUGUCUUCUUUUAUGUCAACUCUUGAAAGCUGUGUUUUGUUAAGGUAACCUAAAGCAAGACUUUGAAGAACUACUUGAAUCUGUAUUCCUCUAAAUUAUUUGGAAAAUAAGUUUAUAUUAAAAACAUCAUCUCAUUGGACUCUUCAAUGUAUUAAAUUAAUGUAUUUAUGGCAAAGGCAGUCUUACAAGUCAGUGUCCUGAUCUGGGGUUUCUGUCACUGAUCUCUCUGGCCUGGGGGCUUUUCAGGACUGAAUUUAGUUUAACCUAUUGCCGGGAAAGCUAAGUGAAAAAACAGUUGAUCUGAUUUAAUGUACUAGAUCUCCUAAACUGUGUGGUUUGGAAUAUGUGCUUUUGGCAUGGGCUAUAUGAGAACAUAAUCUAUUUUGUAAGAAUGAAAAGAAAUCCUACGAGUUCAAGUUGAAAGAGGCUCUUUUAUGAAGUGGUAAUGCAAUGGAAUAAGGGCUUUAUCUGACUCAAGAAAAAGGAUUUUUUUUUCAUUCAUAUUUGAGACUGUGAUUUUGAUUUCUCUUGUUUGUCGCCAGUUUCAAAAUGACCAGAGUAGAAGAACAACAAAGAAAAUGGAAAAGGGUGCUUAUAAAAGCUCUACAAAAUUUUCCAGUUAUUUAAAAAUUAGAAAAAAAAUAUAACUGUAGUUGAAAUGAGUGAGUCCAAUCCCUCUUCCACAUAGAUGCUUCCUGCUUAGUGUGUCAGGAAACUCUGUGUAUGUGAAGUUCUGUAAUUAUUUCUUCUUAGCUUAAAGGAGAGGUAAGUCCCAUGGCCAUGUGCCACUUGGCUUCUGCUAGAGUAGUUUUCCUUUAGGAGGCCUUGUCUAAUUGAUCUCUCCACUUACAAGUCAUCGUUCUGAGGUCCUGCAGAAGGCUGGAAGACUUGUGUUGUGGCCAKAAUGAAUUCUUGGAGAGCAGAAAUUGUGCUUCACAUCCAARUUGGGGUUUGGGACAGAGGAAGGGGAAUGGACAAUGUUACAAAAUGUGGGUAUUUCAGGAGACUCCUAUGUCUGAACUUGGAUGGCAAGCAGUGUUGCAUCCAGYUUGGCCUGAAGCAGAGGGUCGGCCUAGUCCUUAUGUAAAGUGAAAUGGAGAACACAGGUUUAAAAAUGGUACUGUUUUUUGACAGUUAAUGAAAUAAUUACCUGGUAAAAAAUAAGAUUUUCUUUACAAUGCUUUGAGCGAGACUGUAAGUUACACUAAAUUUCUACCCUACGUAUGCAACCUAAUUUAAAGGAAAAGAAGUGGAAGCCUGUCAGGUUAUAUCAUCAUAGCCUCUAUGCUGUGCACCCACUGUGCUCACUCGCUUUGAGAAUAUCUUCAUUCUACUGUGGAAAUGAGAGCAGGGUCUGGGCUGAAGUGCCCAGSCCACCUAGUUUAUAUUCAUUUGUAAAGGGGAGAUAAACGGAAGGAGUAAGUUCCUGUUCUUUAAGUAAUUCAUCUAUAUUGUGUUUACUACUAAAGGAGAAGCUAAGUGAAAAUAGCAGCACAUCUUACAUACAUCAGUUGUGCUUUGGUUGCUCUGGUGUAUGCUAAAUGAACAUGACUGCACCAAGACAGCCAUGUUUUCCCUAUAAGAGCUCUUGGUUCCAUUUGGGUUUAAAUAUGAAAGUCUCUGAAGCACCCUCAAAACUCAGUCUUAGAAAGCAAGCUAAUCCUGCUAGAGAGAAGGAUUGUAUUAAAGAGUCUUGAAAAACCUUCUCUGUUUGGGUGGAUGGAGAAUCUUAAAACUGCUGAGUUCCAGAUUAGCUUUGAAACCCCUGUUCUGGCUCUUGAGAGGAGAGAAACUGGGAGUGAAAUGGCACAGGUGUCACUGGAGGAGGGAACCACUCAUCACACAAGUGGUAUGAAUAAGGCACAGAACAGCCCUUGGAACCUGCUUAUGCAGGAGGGCAGCAGUACCAGAGGAGUGUUCUGAAAGGUAAAGGAGUCCAUCAAUUGUUUGGGAGAUGYGGAGAGAAAAUUUUCUGGGAACAUGGGUAGAAUGCCCUAGUUUGUUUUAAAUUCGACACUAUAGUCUCCUCACUGUGAAUAAGAGAUGUUGUGGGGAAGUUGUGGCCUUAAACAGGUGUUGAGUAUACCAGGUAAAAGGCUGAAUUUUUGUGUGUGUAGGUGCACAACAUUUCAAGCCUUAUUCUUUAAAACUUUCCUUUUCUGUUAAGUUUUAUCUUUUUAGCAGCAACUGUUCCACAUGCAUGUGGAACCUUAAUAAAUGCCCUGAUGGCCUUUUAAAGUAAGAAAAAUGUAUGUUGACUUUUGUAUUAUACCCCCGUUGUAGUGUUAUCUGUGUGUUGAUAGAUAAGUGUGAUUAUAUUACAGAUUAUAGGACUUUUUGAUUUAUCAGUUCAAUUGCACCAAAAAACAGACUCAGUGAGAAGUUAAAUUUGAGUCAAAUUCCAUAAAGCUUCCAUACAGGCUACAAGUUAUAUGAUACUCGUGUUAUUUGUUAUACCUGCUUAGUCUGCCUAUGUGUGUGUGACUUGAGCAGAAAAGGAAAGUAUUUAAAACACAARUUUAUGAACACUGGAUCUUGCAUUACAGUGACAUUUUUGGACUUUGGAGUGACCUUUGCUUAUUGACUAGGGUUUUUUAAUUGAGAGGGGGUGGGAUAUUGCUGAUUUGUGCCAUUUCCAAUGAAAGAAACAUCGGGAGAGGGAGUACAGAAAAAAAAAUACCCUGUUGUAUAUGUAACCCUUCUUUUUCAUUGUUCAGAGAUAUGCUGCAUUUUAUAUAUUCCUUGUGAACUUUUCCUUUGAAAURUCUGUGAGRAAACCUAUCUGGAUUUCAGAUGAGRUAGCUGAUUUUCAAGUGAGGUUCUGCCUUGUACCUUACUUUCCAUUAGGUUUUGACUGUUUCGCAAGGAAAUUGCACAAGGCAGUAAAACCUUGGAUUCAUACACCAAAUCCUCUUGCCUUUUAGGCCUCACCCUUGUAUCAACAUAACAAAUAAGCCCYGAAGUUGUAUUGUCUUUAAGUUCUCUGAAACAGGUCUAACUGCUGUACAGAUUUUUGAGAUGAAGCUGUAAAUCAAAAUGUGUUAUAGUGAACUCAGGCCUUGUGCAAAAUAUUUAGUACUUGUUUAUUUGUCUAAUUGUACAGUCUCUGUGCUAGUGGCAGUUUUAUGUUUUGAUUGUAAAACAUUAAAAUUCUCAAGAGAUUUAUAAAAUUAUAUUAUUGUUGUGUCAUAAAUAGCACUGUUGAUUCAUAAAUAGGACUGUCAUAGCAUGGCAUUAGUGUAUAUCUGGUUUAUUGGACAGCUCUUCAAAACCAAAAUUAUUCUUGUAUCAACUUUUAGAUCAGUUAUUUUAAAGCUAUGUCAAAGGUACAGUGACAGUUUUGAGAAAUUCACAUCACUUUGUACUCUGAAUUAGGUUGCCUAUGGAAAUAAAUGAAGUUUUCAUAUUUUCGUUGGAAGAUAUUU